GGAAAUGUGUUUGGCCGUUCUGGUAAAUAUUCGUUGUUAGCUAGCUGGAUGGGAGGGAAGACAGUCAGGCAAAGACAAACAUGAACAAGCUGAAGUCCUCACAGAAGGAUAAAGUUCGUCAGUUCAUGAUCUUUACUCAGUCCAAUGAGAAAACUGCACUGACCUGUCUGUCACAGAAUGAUUGGAAAUUAGAUGUUGCCACCGACAAGUUCUUCCAAAAUCCAGAGCUCUAUGUUUCAAAUCUAAAGGGGGCCUUAGACAAAAAGAAGCUUGAGCAGCUGUACAACAGAUACAGAGAUCCUCACGAUGACGACAAGAUCGGCAUUGAUGGGAUCCAGUUGUUCUGCGAUGACCUGAGUCUGGACCCGGCCAGUAUAAGUGUCCUCCUUAUAGCCUGGAAAUUCAGGGCAGCAACACAGUGCGAGUUUUCAAAACAAGAGUUCAUGGAAGGCAUGGCAGAACAGGGCUGCGACAGCAUAGAAAAACUAAAAGCCCAGCUGCCAAAGAUGGAGCAAGAGUUAAAGGACCAAGGGAAAUUUAAGGACUUUUACCAGUUUACAUUUAAUUUUGCAAAAAAUCCUGGCCAGAAGGGUUUGGAUUUAGAAAUGGCUAUUGCAUAUUGGAAUUUAGUACUGGCUGGAAGAUUCAAGUUCCUGGAUUUGUGGAACAGAUUUUUAGUUGAGCAUCACAAAAGAUCCAUUCCUAAGGACACUUGGAACCUCUUACUAGACUUCAGCACAAUGAUCACAGAUGACAUGUCCAAUUAUGAUGAGGAAGGAGCAUGGCCUGUCCUUAUUGAUGACUUUGUGGAGUUUGCACGACCGCACAUCGGAACAAAAAGCACAGCAGUUUAAUGGUGGCUCUCUCUCUGAAGGAACAUCAAUGUGAGGUUUCUACUGAACAGGGAGCACUGUGAAAGGAGCACAAGGGGACCGCACUGAGCUGAGAACUAUGUUGCCUUUUCAACCCUCAGGACUGAAAUAUUUUACACAGCAGAGACUUUAUAUAUGUUUGUGCGUAUUUACAUAUAUAAAAGGCAUAUCUCUUUGUUGGUCAACUUGUGUGGAUUGGAACUUUUAUCUUAAGUAUUGGGCUUUUUGCGUGUGUUUAAGCCAAAUAGAGAGGAGUCACCACGAUGGUCCACAUGGUUCUUUGAUGUGGCUGGGCUCCACUCAGAAGCAGGUAGAUAGACACACUUUUGAAUUGUAAUCUAAACACGACGGUUCACAA